UUCCCUUUCUCCUUCCGUAUUUAUAAGAACCUCACCCUUCUUUAUCUCCCUUGUAACAAUCCAAUCCAACACAACUCAACUCCCUUUUCUCUCCCCAUCUCAAUCUCCAAACUCAACACAACACAACCUAUUACAAACAAAAAAACAAACAAACCUCUUUCUUUCCUUGUUUCUUGUUCCACUCAUCAAUGGAUGAAAAAGGAAGAACAACAAGCCUUUUGAGUGAGGACGAGAUGGAGCUUCGAAGAGGCCCUUGGACCGUCGAUGAGGACCUCACUCUCAUCAAUUACAUUGCCACUCACGGCGAAGGUCGCUGGAACACCCUCGCCCUCUCUGCAGGGCUCAAACGAACGGGGAAGAGUUGCAGAUUGAGGUGGCUCAACUAUCUUCGUCCUGAUGUUCGACGUGGAAACAUCACGCUCGAGGAACAACUUUUGAUCCUCGAACUCCAUUCUCGCUGGGGAAACCGAUGGUCGAAAAUUGCUCAAUAUCUGCCUGGUAGAACGGACAAUGAGAUAAAGAACUAUUGGAGAACUCGUGUCCAGAAGCAUGCCAAACAACUCAAAUGUGACGUCAACAGCAAACAAUUCAAGGACGCCAUGCGUUACCUCUGGAUGCCCAGGUUGGUGGAACGCAUUCAAGCAGCUGCAACUGCAACCGCAACCGCCUCAGUCACCACCAACGAUGCGUACACCUCUGAGAACAACCUUAAAAACAACCACAUGGAGGUUCAUAAUAAUCUCAAGGAAAAAAUGGGAUUCAUCGAACCUUCACCACCCAUGAACAACGACUUCGUGGCUUCCUACGUCAUGCAAAGUCACACCCCAGACAACAGUAGCACGGCUUUGUCUUCAUCGGACUCGUUCGGGACUCAAGUCUCGACAAAAUCUGAUCUCACUGAUUAUUACAGCGUUCCGGUUAGCAGUAACAAUAACAACACUGCUACUCCUGCGGAUUAUUACCAACCCUCUCAGAUCAAUUGCAUCACAGGCACACCCGGGUUUUUCCCUCCGGGAUUGGAUUUUCAAUCCCUAGAUCCCUGGAACCUGCAGAAUGGGGACUCGUCUGACAAUUUUUGGAACGUUGAGAACAUGUUCUUCUUGGAGCAACAUCUCAUGAACGACAACAUGUGAAACAUUGGAAAAUCAAAAAAAAAAAAAAAAAAAAAACUCAGAUGCAAUAUUCUUUAAGUAAGUUUAGCGCUGUAUUUUAAUUAAAGUUAAAGUUAUAACGUUUAUUGAAGUGAAACUUUAAUUUUAAUUGAAUAACAGCACUAAAAAUAGGAGUUGUUUUCAAGUUGUACUCUUUUACAGAUACCAAGAACAGGGUUUGAUUGUGAAAUAUGGAGAGGUGGCAGUAGAAAAAAAAAUAGAGACAUCAAAUAAAUAAAUUAGUACCUAGGUAUACAGAAUCCAUGAUGAUGGAGGUGUUAUCUGAAAAUUGUGGAUUACAAGAAUAGAGAAGGAAUUAAUUAUUUUUCAGCUUAUUAAAAAUAGUUGGGUUGUUUUUUCAUUUUUAUUGUAAUGGUGUAAGUUGUUGUUUUCUUUA